UUGACUUCUGUUCCUGAUGUGUGACACAGCCGCAAUUUCAGAUGUAGCGUGUCUGCCGGCUAAUAUCAGGAAACAAACAGGCAUAACAGCAUAAAGAAAGAACAAACGAACUCGCUAUCGCGUUAGAAAAAAAACAAAAAAAAAAACACUCCAGAAAUGGCACAAUGUGCAGAAUCAUCCUCAAGCAAUGGACAACUGCGAAAGGAGAGGCGAGUCGCUAUCAUCACCGGCAUCACAGGACAGGAUGGCUCGUACUUGGCAGAGUUCCUGUUGGAGAAGGGUUACGAGGUCCAUGGCAUCGUGCGGAGAUCCAGCUCCUUCAACACGGGCAGGAUUGAGCACCUCUACAAAAACCCCCAGACCCACACCGAAGGAAGAAGUGAAGAAACCAACCGUGGCUACAUGAAGCUGCACUACGGGGACCUGACGGACAGCACCUGCCUGGUGAAGAUCAUCAACGAGGUCAAACCCACCGAGAUCUACAACCUGGGGGCCCAGAGCCACGUCAAGAUCUCGUUCGACCUGGCGGAGUACACGGCGGAUGUGGACGGGGUGGGCACGCUGCGUCUGCUGGACGCGGUGAAGACGUGCGGUCUAACCAACAGCCUGCGCUUCUACCAGGCCUCCACCAGCGAGCUGUACGGCAAGGUGCAGGAGAUCCCCCAGAAAGAGACCACGCCCUUCUAUCCCCGAUCCCCCUACGGUGCUGCUAAGCUCUAUGCGUACUGGAUCGUGGUGAAUUUCCGCGAGGCCUACAACCUCUUCGCCGUCAACGGGAUCCUCUUCAACCACGAGAGCCCCAGACGAGGGGCCAAUUUUGUAACUCGGAUUAGCCGUUCGGUGGCCAAGAUUCACCUGGGACAGCUGGACUGCUUCAGCCUGGGCAAUCUGGACUCCAAGAGGGACUGGGGUCACGCCAAGGACUACGUGGAGGCCAUGUGGCUGAUGCUGCAGGUGGAGGAGCCAGAGGAAUUCGUCAUAGCGACGGGGGAGGUCCACAGCGUGCGGGAGUUUGUGGAGAAGGCCUUUAAGCACGUGGGGAAGACCAUUGUGUGGGAGGGGAAAGAUGAGAAUGAGGUUGGCCGUUGCCAGGAGACCGGGUGUGUUCACGUGAGGGUCGACCACAAGUACUACCGCCCCACCGAAGUGGACUACCUGCAGGGUGACGGCAGCAAGGCGCUGAAGAAGCUGGGCUGGAAGCCGCGUGUGACGUUUGAGGAAUUGGUGAAGGAGAUGGUCGAUGCUGACGUUGAGCUCAUGAGAAACAAUCCUAACGCCUGAAGGCCUAAGGAAUAUGAAGGAAUUUCAUCAGACAAGCCUUCGCGCCCGCACGUCCGGGAACAACAAGACUGUCCGGAAGGAAUCAAAACAUCAUUCUAUCUUUCAUAAUAUUCUACUGAUUAAAAUAUCUCUUUGGGGGGUUGUGGGAUUGGGUCAUUAUGCCUUUUUUAUUUUUAUUUGUGCGGAUGUUUUCCCCCUUUUUUAUACAGCUUCUCAAUCUUGACAAGUAUUUAAGAUGAGAAACUUUAAAUAGUAUCUGCUCUUUUUGUCAUUCCAAUAAUGCAUACCAAGCUGAAGAAAAUUCUAUGAUCGUGCUUAUCGUUCUAGCAACAAUUAUGAAUUCCUCUAACCAGUUUUUGUUGUGAUUUAUUUUUUUCAAUGACUUUUUUUCUUUUUGUUCUUUCUUUCCAAAUUCAGUUGUUUUAUAUUUUGCUAUAGUUUGUGAAAUAAUCAGGAUGAAGAUUAAAGUCAUUUAAAUGUAAAGGGAUGGGUUUUGUAAAUUAAAUUGUGGGGUUUGCAAAACAUGAA